CUCGCGCUCCGCCGUUUCUUUCUUUGUCACGUGGCCGGAGAGCUGCCGGCUUCCGGAACUACGUCACGCGCUCGGGCCUGGCCCUUUUCUGAGUCUGCCCGCUCGGAACUUCGGGCAUUUUGUUCCUUGCCGGAGGGAUUGACCACAAAGAGUCGCCAAGAUAGCUGGCCCGGGAAGAAAGCGUCGCACCCCUGACCCAGACUCCGUCACUGACCCCGGCGGGCCGUUUGUCUCAUCCAAACGGCUGAAGAUGUCCAGCAGUGCCAGCAUCUCUGGCCAGAGAAGAACAGCACGGGGAGCAGAGGAUGCGACCAAUAAGAAGAAGCAGAAAGACCGAGCCAAUCAGGAGAGUAAGGAAGGCGAGAGGCCAGUGGGCAGUGACUCGAAGAAAGAGUCUUUCUCUGACCUGGAGCUGGUAGAGUCUAAUUGGCAGAGGGACUCUGAGGAUGACCUGCUGCUGGACUGGAAGCAGAAUGCCCAUGAGGUAAUCGUGAAGCUGAACUUGGGCAGUGGAGCCCUGAAGACGGAGGAAGUGGAAACUUCUUUCACAGACACUAGCUGCAUUGUCAGCUUACCUGAUGGUCGUCAGUGGAGCUGCCAGUUCUAUGAGGAGAUUGAGAGCUCCUGCAGUAAAGUCCAAUGGAAGAAGGGAAACGUCCUCCAUCUGGUGUUGCAGAAAAAGAUCCCUUUGCAUAUCUGGACUUCGCUCUUGAAGCGCAGCAAGGAUGUCCCAAAGGAGCAGCCAAAGAGGACCAUGUGUAAGGAGAAUGGCAAGGAGAAGCCCCCUUCGGCAGAGGAAGCUCAUGAAGAGCUCCACGCUGAUGGCACUGCAGAGCCACCCAGGGCCAAACGUGAGCCCUCCAACCCAAAGCGAGCCCCAGGGAGGAAGGAGCCGAUAGGAGAGAAGAACCCGGCAAGUCUCGGGCUGCCAAGUGGCCCUAGCGCCAAGAGGGCCGUGUACGUCAAAGCCACUCUCCCUGAGGAGGAAGGGAACAGCAGCAACACAGGGAACUCAGGGCUCAGUGAGAUGAUUGACAAUCACAGGAAUGGCCAGGGUGCCCAGGGGGGUGCUCUGCUGGACCUGAAGGCUGAGAACCUAGAAAAGGAGCCAGUAUCCAUGGAAAUGCAGCUGCCUGCAGCACCAGCAGGCUUAUUGUCCCUCCGGCUUGAGUCCUGCUCAGAGAAGAGGGUCCCGCUACCAGCCAGUUCUUCUGAGGCUCUGCAAGGGCCAGAAGCUGCAUCUGCCUUCAGUGAAGGCCUCUCCUCCUCUCUGCCAUCUGUGGACACUGAGAAGAGAGGCAGGUCCCAGGAUAGUGAUGCUUUAGAGCCAGUUCCUAACGAACCAGAGCCCAUUGUGAACCUAACGUUUGUGAAGAAUGAUUCAUAUGAAAAAGGGAAUGAUUCCAUGGUUGUGCAUAUUUAUGUAAAGGAGAUUCACAAAGAGACGUUCAAAGUGCUUUUCCGGGAACAAGACUUCACACUGUUGUUUCAGACGAGUGAUGUCAACUUCCUACGACUACAUCCCGACUGCAGCUCUCACACAAUGUUCAGGUGGCAAGUGAAACUCAGGAACCUCAUAGAGCCCGAUCAGUGCACCUACAACUUCACCACUGCUCGCAUCGACAUCUGCUUGAAGAAACGGCACAGCCAGCGCUGGGGAGGCUUGGAGGCUCCUGCCACACGAGGUGCAGUGGGUGGUGCAAAGGUUGCCAUGCCAACAGGCCCUACCCCUCUGGACAAAAGCCAACCCGGGAGUAACCAACACCCGCUGUCCACUAAGGAGGAGGCAAGAGCGGGUGAGAAGGAAAAGCCACGGACCGAGGACGCUGGCCUAGACGGCGUAGCCACUCGGACAGUGUCGGAACACAUGCCGGUGAAGCAGGAGCCGCAUGUACCCUCGCCCAAGCCGACAUGCAUGGUCCCACCAAUGACUCAUAGCCCAGUCAGCAGUGAAAGUGUGGAAGAGGAGGAAGAGGAGGAGGACAAGAAGGUCUGCCUGCCAGGCUUCACAGGGCUGGUGAACCUGGGCAACACCUGCUUCAUGAACAGUGUUAUCCAGUCUCUUUCCAACACCCGGGAGCUGCGGGACUAUUUCCACGAUCGCUCCUUCAAAUCUGAAAUCAACUACAGUAACCCCCUGGGAACUGGGGGGCGCCUGGCUAUUGGCUUCGCUGUGCUGCUGAGAGCUCUCUGGAAAGGCACGCAUCAUGCCUUCCAGCCUUCAAAGCUGAAGGCAAUUGUGGCCAGCAAAGCUAGUCAGUUUACAGGCUAUGCUCAGCACGAUGCUCAGGAAUUCAUGGCUUUCCUGCUGGACGGGCUCCAUGAGGACCUGAACCGCAUCCAGAUCAAGCCCUACACAGAGACGGUGGAUUCGGAUGGGCGGCCUGAUGAAGUGGUUGCAGAAGAGGCCUGGCAACGACACAAGAUGAGGAAUGAUUCCUUCAUUGUGGACCUGUUUCAGGGCCAGUACAAAUCCACACUGGUGUGUCCUGUGUGCUCAAAGGUUUCUAUCACGUUUGAUCCCUUCCUGUAUCUGCCCGUCCCCCUCCCUCAGAAGCAGAAGGUGCUGACAGUCUAUUACUUUGCAAAAGAACCCCACAAGAAACCUGUCAAGUUCCUGGUGAGCAUCAGCAAAGAGAAUUCUACUGCCAUGGAGGUGCUAGAGUCAAUAUCCCACAGCACGCGAGUGAACCCUGAGAACCUGCGCCUGGCUGAAGUAAUCAAGAACCACUUCCACCGCAUGCACCUGCCUUCCCAUUCGCUGGACUGUGUCUCCCCCACAGACCUUCUGCUAUGCUUUGAGGUCCUGUCUCCUGACCUGGCCAAGGAGCGUGUGGUGGAGCUGCAGGUUCAACAGCGCUCUCAGGUGCCCAGUGGGCCCGUCACUGAAUGUGCCGCCUGCCAGAAGAAACAGCAGUCAGAGGAGGAGAAGCUGAAGCGCUGCACUCGGUGCUACCGUGUCGGUUAUUGCAAUGUUGACUGUCAAAGGAAACACUGGCAUGACCACAAAACUUCGUGCCGCCCUGAGAACAUUGGCUUCCCUUUCAUCAUCAGCGUGCCAGAAUCACGCCUCACCUAUGCACGGCUGGCUCAGCUCUUGGAGGGUUAUGCCAGGUAUUCGGUCAGUGUAUUCCAGCCACCUUUCCAGGUGGGCAGGAUGUCACCUGAACAGAGCUUGCAGUCCCAGGUUCCUGACAAACAGGAGCCUCCUGCCAGGAGCAGCUGUGCUACAGUGGUCUCUGCAGCUGCUGCCUCAGCGACCAGCACCACCUUGGAGUCAGGAGACGGUGCUAGAGCUCCACACCUCCUGCAGGAGCCCCAGGCACUUCUCCCGGCCCCUGAGCUGCAGUCUGAGCUGGGGGAUAGCAGCGCCGUGAAGAGCAAGGUUCCCACAGGAAGGAGCUCCUUGCUGAGCUUGGAUUCAGGCUUCUCCGAGCCCCUGUUGGAUGCGCGGGCUGAGGGCUGCAUGGAGAAGGAGAUUCCUUUCGAGAGAGCCUCCAAGCCUGAAGCUGCCAUCCCUGGCUAUCAGCACCCAGCUGAGGGUCCUAGUUCCCACACUACCCAGUUCUACAUCAACAAGAUUGAUGCAUCCAACAGAGAACAGAAGCUGGAGGACAAGGGAGAUACCCCACUAGAUCUGCCUGAUGACUGCUCCCUGGCUCUGGUCUGGAAGAACAAUGAGAGGAUGAAGGAGUUUGUGCUGGUGGAGUCCAAGGAGCUGGAAUGUGUGGAGGACCCCGGCUCAGCCAGCGAGGCAGCCAGGGCAGGCCAUUUCACCCUUGAACAAUGCCUCAACCUCUUCACCAAACCAGAGGUUCUGGCCCCAGAGGAGGCCUGGUACUGCCCAAAGUGUAAACAGCACCGUGAGGCAUCCAAGCAGCUCAUGUUGUGGCGCCUGCCUAAUGUCCUCAUCAUCCAGCUCAAGCGCUUUUCCUUCCGCAGCUUCAUCUGGAGGGACAAGAUCAAUGAUAUGGUGGAUUUCCCCGUCAAGAGCUUGGACCUGAGCAAGUUCUGCAUUGGCCAGAAGGACGAGCAGCAGCUGCCCAUGUAUGACCUGUAUGCAGUUAUCAAUCACUAUGGGGGCAUGAUUGGUGGACACUACACAGCUUAUGCCCGGCUGCCCAGUGACAAGAACAGCCAACGCAGUGAUGUGGGUUGGCGGCUCUUUGACGACAGCACAGUCACUACAGUGGAUGAAAGUCAAGUGGUGACCCGAUAUGCCUAUGUGCUUUUCUACCGCCGGCGGAACUCUCCUGUAGAGAGACCUCCCCGAGGGCCACCUCACCCUAUGGAUCCUCGGACAGAAUUGGCCCCAUCUGCUGAAGCAGCAGCCAGUCAGGCUUCUCUGCUCUGGCAGGAACUGGAGGCUGAAGAGGAAGCUGCCAGGAGGCUUAUGAGGAACCCUUGGGGGCCUUGCAGCCGAAGAACGAAGCACCUCGCCUCGGAGUGUCCUGAUGAAGGCCACGUCCGAUAUUUUGUCCUGGGAACCAUGGCAGCCAUUGUGGCGCUCUUCUUGAAUGUCUUCUACCCCCUCAUCUAUCAAACUCGCUGGAGGUAGCAGCCCACAACAGCAAGUCACGAGGAGGGGAGGGGGCAGCCAGCCAGCUUCCUUCCAAUUGGGCUCUCCUCCUUUUUUACAUCUUUACGGUGAGGGGCUGAAAAGCUCCUUGCCAGGUAGGUUGCAAGAAGACGCCCUCGUGCCAGUAUCGCCUUGUGGAGAAGACGCCUAGUCCUGGCCCUGCUCUGUAUCCCACUUGGCUGAAUACAUGAAUUUGUAAUCUGGGAAGAGUCCUUAUGGCUCAUUGCCUGGGGGAAAUCUCAGUUGGACUGGCUUCUCUUCUAGGUGACUGUUGUAGACUUUGGCCCCUGUGCAACAAGUGCUGGCAAAUAUAUAUGUAUGUUUUCUAGCAGGAGCUGCAGAGCCACCUCUGUCCCUGUAGCUGGAUGGAAUAUAUUUGUUUAGGUCACUCUCUCUGCCUGGGGUCACACCGUCCCCUCACUAGUGCCUAGUGCGUAAAGGUUGAACCAGCUUUCCCAGUUGGGCAUUAUCCCCAUUCUUAUCCCUCCCCAGGAGGGAGAAAGAUCUCUGGCCUAUUUGAAUGGGUGUCUUCUUUCAGCGGCAGGGGGGCGGUGUUAGAGGAGUAGGCAUUGCUGACCCUUCUAGACAUUGGAGGGUUGGGUGUAGGCCCCUUCUUUAUGAUGGUGGGUUGGCUUGCAGCCUGACUGAUCUCACACGCACACCCCUCCCAGCUCGGGUGACUUCUGUCUGGUUGCGAUGCCAGACUGGAAUACAGAGGGUAAACGGAAGCUUCUCUUCUCAUCCUUGUCCCUCAAGCAAGGCCUGCAUUAUGCUAAGCAGUCUGUAGCAGCGAGCUGUCGAUAGCGGUGAGACGGAAGACGCAAUUUUGAUUUUAUACGUUGGCUCCUGUGCCCAUGGCUGGGAAUGCACAUGCGUGUACCUCUCUGCACACACAGUAGCGGAAGAGGGUGUCAUUGGAGUUGCAAAUCCAUGUUCUUAAUGUAGCUCCCAGGCCAUGGUUCCUCACACGUAAUGCAGCAUCCUUCUUGUGCCUCUAGACCACAAACUAAAUCCUUAAGCUUUCCUAAUGUAUACCCUGGCACUGAGGCCAGAUAAGUAAGAGUUGUCUUGAAAAUUUAUUCUUCAGGGGAAGUGAUCCUUUGCAGCACUCUCCUUUGGUUUCAUGUACGUUUGACAGUUCCUAUUAUUCAUAUGUAUUAUAGAAAUCUAAUGGAAGCUCUUUAAAAAAAAAUAAACCCAGCACUUUCAAAGAGACUUUUUCUCUCUGCUAGGGCCCUGGAGUAAGAUUAACUGGUACACACAUGCUGCUGUGCCCCAGGCAGUAACACCUGUGCCAAAUAGCACAGGUAGGUAUGGUGGGGAUCAUAUCCCAUGCCACAAAGGAAAAGAGCCUCUGCCUUGCUUGGUGGGGGAAAAAAAGAGUUGUAUUGUAGAAAAGCUUUUACUGUAUUUAUUUAUUGUAUUUAAUAAAACCUAAGCUGUUCCAAA